AUGGAGGACAAAUCAUCCGUGCCAAAGUUUGAUUGCUACAAGGAGCCAGCUACGCUAGGUCCUCGCUGGACCAGGUGGCUAACGGCGUUUGAACUGUUUGCUGACGGGAAAGGUUUAAUCUUGGACGCAAGGGUCACCGACAACACAAAGAUUCGGAGACGUGCUUUACUCCUACAUCACGCCGGGACGGAUGUGCAGGAUAUUUUUUCCACUUUGGACGACACUGGAGGUUCGUCGGACUAUGACAAGGCUGUGAAGGCGCUAAACGACUACUUCGUACCAAAGGUGAACAAUGCAUUUGCACGCCAAACUUUCUACCAACUGUCACAGAAUGCAGGGGAGACUGUACAGCAGUUCGUAACCCGUUUACGCCGGACGGCAAAAGACUGUGCAUUUGGGGGCGACUUGUCUAACCAGCUCAGGGAUGCUGUGCUAAGUAAAUGCUCGUCGGAGUAUGUGCGGAGGAAACUGCUCGAGGAGGGCUCGGCGUUAGUCCUCGACAAAGCACUAGAGAUCGCGGCACAGUGUGAGAGGGUGGAGGAACAGAUGGCGGCAAUGCGAGUGAACGACACAGACAUCAAAGGCGCCGAGGCGGUGAACCAAAUCUCGAAGAGGAGAGGAGAGCGGGGCAAAUUCCGAAGACGCGAGGGAGAGGAGAAAGGCAAAGUCUGCUUCUGGUGUGGACAUGGCGACCACUUCGCGAAAGACCAGAAAUGCCCAGCUCGCGGACAAACCUGCAGACAGUGCAACGGCAAGGACCACUACGCCAAGAUGUGCAAGUCAAAAGGUAGUAGGGGGUCAGUGAAGUAUGUAGAUGAAAAGCAGGAAAAAGAUUUUGCGUUUGUUGUGCGUGACAAUAGCAACACAGAUAGCCUGACAUUUAAUGUGGGUGGCGUGGACCUAGUAAUGUUGAUUGAUUCAGGGGCCACGACCAACAUAGUUGAUGAAAAUACAUGGGAAGGGCUGAAGAAAAAGAAAAUUAAUUGUGAGUCAGCCAAAUCCGACAAGAAAUUGUACACAUAUUCCUCAAAGGAGCCACUGCCGGUAAAGGGAGUGUUCACAUGUGAUGUGAAGAUAGGCAAAAGAGCGACACAAGCAGAGUUCACAGUGAUCGCAGGCCAGGGUGUACCGCUACUUGGCAGGCAGACAGCUACAGAGCUAGGAGUGCUAAGGGUGGGUGUAGGUGUUGCAGCAGUCACCGAUGUUAAGACAGAGGUGCAAGGAAAAUACCCAAAGUUAUUCACAGGGGUGGGUAAGCUUAACACUAAGCAAGUUAGACUGCACAUCGACGGCAACGUGGAGCCCGUAGCACAGCCGCUGAGACGGGUACCAUUCCACCUGCGGGAGGCGGUCGAUAGGAAGAUCGAGGAGCUGCUACGAAUGGACAUCAUCGAGAAAGUGGAGGGUCCAACGCCAUGGGUGAACCCUGUCGUAGUGGUGCCGAAGGCAAAGGACAAAGACAUUCGCUUAUGCCUGGACAUGAGAAUGGCAAACAGGGCAAUCAUCCGGGGCAGGUACCCGAUCCCGACCGUUGAUGAACUGUUGCAUGACAUGAACGGGUCAGCUGUGUUCAGUAAGCUCGACCUGCGGUGGGGCUACCACCAGCUGGAGCUCACUGAGGAGUCAAGGGCGAUCACAACAUUCGCCGUACACAGCGGAACAUACCGCUACAAGAGACUCAUAUUCGGGGUCUCGUCUGCGAGUGAGCAGUAUCAGUACGAGGUGGCAUCGGCGCUGACAGGCAUCGAGGGAGUGGCCAACAUCUCCGAUGACAUCAUCGUCCAUGCACCUGACCACGACACGCAUCGCCAGCGACUACAUGCAGUGCUGGAGAGGCUGGAGAAGUGCGGCUUAACCCUGAACGGUGAGAAGUGUCAAUUUGAGAUGGACAAAUUAGUGUUCAUGGGCAUCUUACUGACUGAAAAGGGAGUAGGGCCUACCAGUGAGCGAGUCAGAGCCCUGGAAGAGGCGCGUGAGCCAGAGAACGCAUCAGAGGUACGCAGCUUUCUGGGUCUAGCUGGGUACAGCAGCCGUUUCAUACCCCAGUUUGCGACCAUCUCAGAGCCGCUGCGGAGGCUGACAAAGAAAGAGGUACCGUUCGUCUUCGGGCCAGAGCAACAGGUGGCGUUCGAGACACUGAAACUGAAAUUGGCAGAGGCGGGAACGCUGGCAUACUUUCACAAAGAUGCCCCCACCAAAGUGAUAGCUGACGCAGGCCCGGUGGGCAUAGGGGCAGUUCUAAUCCAAGAGCAACAGGGUGCUAUGGUGCCUAUAUGUUAUGUAAGCAGGAGCCUGACAGACUGUGAAACGAGAUACUCGCAGACGGAGAAAGAGGCCCUGGCACUGGUGUGGGCAUGCGAGCGUCUACACCCAUACAUAUACGGCAAGAGGUUCGACUUAGUGACUGAUCACAAAGCCCUACAGGUGAUCUACAGCCCCAAGUCCAAGCCAUGCGCUAGGAUCGAGCGCUGGGUGCUCCGCCUGCAGCCAUACGACUUUCGAGUCGUGCACAUCGCGGGAAAGUUCAACAUAGCAGAUCCCCUGUCACGUCUGCUGGGGAAAAGCGCUAAGAGCACGCCACAUCAUCAUGGAGCAGAGGAAUACGUGCGCUUCGUGGCGGUGCAGGCUACACCGCGGGCACUUACCACAAGGGAGGUGGAGAGAGCAUCCGCGGAGGACAAAGAACUGGAUGAGGUGAGAAAAGCGAUCAAGACAGGCCGUUUUGAAAAGUGCUCAGCUUAUGGCCGCAUAGCGAAUGAACUGUGUACUAUUGGACAAUUAGUGCUGAGGGGGACACGGAUUGUGCUUCCACAGUCACUGCGCAGCAGAGCUUUAAUCUUAGCUCACGAGGGACACUUAGGCAUGGUAGGGAUGAAGCAGCAUCUGAGGGGGAAAGUGUGGUGGCCGGGGAUGUAUAUGGCAACAGAAAAAUAUGUGAAGGCCUGUGAUGGAUGCAAACUAGAGGCACGUCCUGAUGUACCCGAGCCAUUGCGGCCCACUGCUCUCCCUGACGGGCCUUGGCAAGACCUUGCCACAGACUUAUUAGGUCCCUUACCUACAGGACAUUCAAUCCUGGUAGUAGUAGACUACUACAGUCGGUACUAUGAGUACGAGAUCAUGCGUUCCACUACAGCAGAGAAAGUGAUUGACAGUCUGGAGAACAUCUUCAGUCGCCAUGGUCUACCAGUCUCCAUCCGAUCUGACUGUGGGCCCCAGUUUCUGUCAACACAGUUCCAGGACUUCUGCAAGGAGAACGGCAUACAACACGUCAAGACGACACCGAAAUGGGCACAGGCAAAUGGAGAGGUCGAGAGGCAGAAUGCCUCCAUCAUGAAAAGAAUUCGCAUCGCGCACGCAGAGGGGCUGGACUGGCAGAAGGAGCUACGAAAGUACGUCACCGUCUACAGGUCGAUCGAGCACUCAACCACGGGCAGGAGCCCUGCUGAACUCCUGUUCAACCGGAAGCUCCGGGGAAAGCUGCCAGACAUCAGCACGCCGAGAAUCGACAUCGAGGCACGGGACACCGAUGCUGAGAACAAGGGCAAGUAUGCAGAGUAUGCAGACCAGCGGCGCGGCGCGAAACCAUCACCGGUGCAGGUGGGAGAUGAAGUUCUGCUGAAACAGGACAAGUCCCGUUUACCUCGAAUGGUUGACCGCAGUCCUAAGCAUCAAUUAUGUUGCAGGCACUCAUCAUCGUCAGACUCUCCUCUCAUCCAGACAACUGUCACUCUACCUCACAUUCUUUUGGAGUCUGUUCCCGUUUAUAUUCAUGCAGAUCUGCCUUCAUUUGGGAGGGUCAGAGAGUCUCUUCCGGUCCGGUACCACAUAGAAAACCGGACUUCUUUGGUUCAGGAGGUGGAGAUGGCUGUGGAACCCUCUGAUGCCUUUAUGUUCUCUGGGCUGAAACAGGUGCGCGUUCGGAUCCUCCCUGGUUCUGAGCAUCAAAUAUUGUAUAAUUUUUAUCCAUUGAUGGCCGGUUUCCAAACACUACCACAACUCAGUAUAAAUCUACCCCGGUGCCCUACCACAACCUCACAGAGUCUCAGGCGCUUCCUGCCCCAGCGCAUUUUUGUCAAGCCCCAAGGCCGACGGCUUGACGACGCAUCUAUAGCAGCAGCUUGA